AUGGAAGGGCCAUUGCGGAUCGAAUCGCCCUAUCUCCGCUCUCUCAUCGCAGGCGGCAUCGCAGGCACAACGGUAGACAUCUCGCUAUACCCGCUCGACACCCUCAAAACUCGCCUACAAUCCUCCGCCGGCUUCUGGGCAUCCGGCGGCUUUCGCGGCGUCUACAAUGGAGUGGGCUCGGCAGCAGUGGGCUCCGCGCCGGGUGCGGCUUUGUUCUUCAUGAGUUACGAGGGGACAAAGAGAUAUCUCGCCCCAUACAGGCAGAGUGCUUCGAGUGAGACGGGCGUGCACAUGGCAGCGGCGAGCUUGGGGGAGAUCGCCGCCUGUUCGGUGCGGGUUCCCACAGAGGUGGUCAAGCAGCGCGCACAGGCGAAGCAGCAUCCUAGUUCUCUGAGUGCCUUGAAACACAUUCUGGGGCAGAGAGCGACAUAUGGCCUGGGACACGUGUGGAGGGAGCUGUAUCGAGGCUGGGGCAUCACGGUCAUGCGGGAAGUGCCAUUCACGAUUAUACAGUUCCCGCUGUGGGAGGGCUUGAAGAAGUGGUCACUUGCACAGCGACAGGGCCCGAAGCCUGCGGACGUGACUGCCGCUGAGAGCUCACUGUAUGGAGCCAUGUCGGGUGCCGUUGCUGCUGGUCUCACGACACCGUUGGAUGUUCUCAAGACCAGGAUGAUGCUGUCCAAGGAGCGAGUCAAUGCCUUUGAUAUGGCUGCGCGGAUUUGGAAGCAAGAAGGUGGUCGUGUCUUCUGGAGCGGUCUGGGACCGAGGACCAUGUGGAUCAGUAUCGGUGGUGCUGUAUUCCUGGGCAGCUACCAGUGGGCGAGUAAUCUCCUGGGUGGAAGAUAAAGAAGAUGACGGAGCGCGGUGAGCCUCUCGAAGCCAUGUUGGCUAAUCAUGUGUCAAGGUAAGUAUUGAGCUUGCUCCCAAUCUGUGAUGAGGAGACGCUCGAGAGUGCGUGAACAGGAGUGGAGAAGACUCCUGAUGCCGCUCGAGCCCUUGUCGAACCAGCGUGGUCUUCACGAAGCUCUCCAAGUAAUGCACCAGUUUCGCUUCUAGUGACUGGCGAGCUGCGGCGACUAUUGACUGUCUAUGAGAAAUCUGGACAGCACGCAUCUCGAGCGGGAGUAAAGAGCUGAAGUAGUAUGAGGCUGUAACCAAAACCUGCUUCACUUGCACGGGCCUUGGCUCCGGCACUUACCAUACUGCCGCUUGGAGUCAUAAGGUACAAAUGAGAAUUCCAUAUCAAAC